GACGCUCCGCCUGGGCGCUUCUGCCUCCCCCCCCCCACCCGUUUUGUUUGGAGUGGGGAGCGGGGCGGACGAGAUGCCUCAACUGCACAGGGCCCGGAGAAUAGCCUGCGCCGAGAGCCUCCCGGAGGUCUCAGAGGGAGCCAAAGGAGCCGCUGGGCACGCCAACCCCGGCUAUUCCAGCGGGGAUGAAAAAGGGGAACCCUCCCAAGGGAACGAGGCGGCGGCCGCGGCGGCGGCGGGGGACGUGGAGGACCAGCCGCUCCUGAGGGGGAUUUUUGAGGUCAAGAAGAAGAGCUGCGACGUGGUGCUGAGCGCCCAGAGGCUUAGAUGGAGCCGUAUCACGCCUGAGAGCCCCCUAGGAGGUUCCAGUAUUGGUUUACACCGUAAGGAAGAAUCUGUUGAAAUGAAAGAUGUAUUUUCCAUAAAAUUGAAACGUCGUCGUUUUGCUGGGCAAGAAAAAGGAGGCAUACUAUUAGGAAUUACUAUUUUUGUGUGUUUAAAUAAAGAAGGCAAUAAACUUAAAGAUGCCACCAUCCAUCUAGGUAACAUAAGUGAAGACCAUUGUUACGUAUGGUAUAGGUCUUUGAAGACAAUUUUGAUGGGGUUUCCAAAUCGGCCAAAGUCAUUAAAAGUAUUUGUCAAUCCAACUAGCCAUAAAAAAGAAGCUACUCAGAUUUAUUAUGAGCAAGCUGCUCCCCUCUUCAAACUGGCUGACAUUACGACUGACGUUACCGUUACUGAAUAUGAAGGUCAUGCUCUUACGCUGCUCAAGGAAUGUGACCUAAAUUCUUUCCAUGGGGUGGUUUGUGUUGGUGGAGAUGGCACUGUCAGUGAGAUUGCUCAUGGUCUUUUGGUUAGAGCCCAGAUGGAUGCUGGAAAGAACUGUGAUAAUGCACUUGUACCAGUCAAAUCACAACUUCCACUUGGGAUAAUACCAGCAGGUUCCACCAAUAUUUUGGCACAUACUCUGAAUGGAAUCCAACAUACACAAACAGCAACAUUGCAUAUAAUAUUGGGGCAUCUAAAGUCAGUGGAUAUGUGCACCUUCAGUAGCCCUUUCAAGCCACUUCGCUUUGGAUUCUCUUCUAUGUUUGGCUUUGGAUCAAGGACUCUAGCCUUGGCUGAAAAGCAUCGCUGGAUUCCACCAAAUCAGCGUAAAAAUUUUGCUGUAAUCAAGACCCUAGCAAACCUCAGACCAGAAGAUUGUGAAAUAUCAUUCCUCCCAUUGAAGCAUCUACAGCAAGAUUCACAAGAAAAUGAUAGAAGGAAGGAAGGGAGACUUAAACUAGACCGUACAGAUGAGUGGCAGAGAAUCCAGGGUCACUUCCUGAACGUAAGCAUUAUGGCAAUCCCUUGUCUCUGUUCAGUGGCACCAAGAGGUUUGGCACCUAAUACCAGAUUGGAUGAUGGAAGCAUAGCUCUUAUAACUGUAAGGAAUACUUCCCGGCAAGAAUUCAUUAGACAUUUGAAAAGAUAUGCUAGUCUGAAAAACCAGUUCAGCUUUCCUUUUAUUGAUACUUAUAUUGUUGAAGAAGUAAAAGUCUGUCCAAGGAUUGGAAUGAAACAUAUCCCUGCAGAUAAUCUAAAUUGUACAGGUUCUGAAGAAAAUACUUAUCCCUGGAAUAUAGAUGGAGAUUUAGUGGAAUGGGCAACAGAAGUUCAUAUCCGGGUACAUCCUCAGUUGAUUAAUCUGUAUGGAGGAAAUGUUAUUUUGGAUAAUCUGGAAGAAUCCUGCAGUUGUAUUUAGAAAUGAUCUAUGAAAAAAGAUUACCUUUCCAUCCCAAUCAUAUUUGUAUGACAAAAAUAGCAUAAACAAUAUGGAAGCUCGGAUUAUUCAAGUUAAUAAUAUGCACGAUUCAACUCAGAACGAAGUUCAGAGUCAUGGGGAAAUACCCACUUUCUUAUUGGGACAAAUGCUAUCACUUUUACCUUCAGGUUGGAUUGAGGCAUAUUUUGUGAUUCCUGUUUUGGGUUUUGUAUGCAAAUCACACACAAAUUUUCAGGAAUGUUAAAUAAUUAGGGGAGAUUGCCUGUCCAAUUUUAGACAAAUAA